AUGGUCAUUGCUGACCUAGGAUGCUCUUCCGGACCAAACACAUUGCUCUUCAUCUCCAAUGUGAUAAACAUCAUAGCUGGCCAAUGCAGUAAAUCUAUUGGUGAAUGUGAUCCUGUGGAACUUCAGAUCUUCCUUAAUGACCUACCAGGUAAUGACUUCAACCAGCUCUUCAGUUCACUCGAAAAAUUGAACCAAGUUCUUCGGAGUUUAGAGCAAUGUUCUGAAAUGCAACAUACGACAGAUAAUAUUUACAUCACAAAGACCACACCGUCAUUUGUGGUGAAGUGCUUCCAGGAGCAGUUCCAUAAGGAUUUCUCCCUCUUCCUCAAGCUGCGUCAUGAAGAACUUGUAUAUGGAGGGAAAAUGGUUUUAACAUUUGUUGGGAGGAAGGACGAGGAUGUAUAUAAUGGAGACAUGAACCAACUUUAUGGAUUACUUUCAAGAUCAUUACAAUCUCUUGUUGCAAAGGGCCUUGUGGACAAAGAAAGACUAGAAGCUUUUUAUCUACCGCUGUAUGGGCCAUCAAUUUCUGAAGUGAAGGAAAUGGUCUUGGAAAGCCACAUGUUCAAAUUGGAUUACAUCAAAUUAGUUGAGCUAAGUUGGGAUCCUUAUGAUGAUACAGAAGGCGAUGAUGUCCAUGACAGCGUCCGUAGUGGUAUCAAUGUUUCUAAGUUUGUUAGAGCAUUGCUGGAGCCUUUGAUUGCAAGUCAUUUUGGAGAAACCAUACCUGACUUACUGUUUGCAGAUUAUGCAUGUCUCAUGUCCAAGCACCUUGAGCAAGAGAUGUCAAAAUCUGCCUUUAUCAUAAUGUCCUUGAAGAAACUGUAG